AUGGAAGUCGAGCAGCAGCCGCAGGUGAAUGAAUCGGAAGGGCGUGUGGGCGACGCCCAGAGCGGAGGCCAUGGAGGAGACGCACAGGAGAAGGCCAAAGAGGCGAGUAACACGCUACGUGCACGAGAGAAGGGUGAACAGGUGCUGACUUUGCUGAAGGAGGGCAAGGAGAAGGUGGGUGCCUUGAUCAUACGCGAUCAGAGCCAGCGCGACAGGGAAGGGGCCAUACGCUACAUCGUCAAGGGGAUGGUCAAAGGAUUCCUCAUCUACACCGGCCCGCUCUGCAUAAUUCAACGCAAAAUCACACGCCCUACCGUGCGGCGAGGCGUUGCUGUGAGCAUCUUCGUGGGCCUCGUCCGGUCCUUCUACCGCUGGCACAAGUGGCUGCAAACGUUGGACGCGGAGCGUGACGAGCAGGGCGGACAACGCAACAGGCUGAUCGCGUCGGUGCUGCACCUGUUCCAGCAGAAGCUGCCGUGGAUGGCGAUCGCGGGUGGUGCCGCGGCGUGGAUCGGCCUCAAGAUCGAUCCCUCCCUUCUCAACUCUACGCUCGCUUUCUGGUGUCUGGUGCGGGCAGCUCGGUGCUUGCCUUGGCCGGAAUGGAAAUACGGCCCUACGGCGAUCAUGUGCUUCUCUGCCACCCAAAUCCUUUCCUCAUGGAUCGCCGCUCCCGAGGAUCUGCCGGAGGGAUACUUGCGCUUCCUCGACAAGCAGGGCAUGAUCAACGCCUCGAUGAAGAAGCGGCUCAUGGGCGGCGAACUCUUUUGCCACGUCACACACCCCGGCCGGACUCACUUCGCCUAUCUGUGGGGAUUCUUCACAAAGUGCCUACUGCUGAGCUUGCGAAUCUACGUGCCGCUCAACAUCAUCUUCUUCCUGGCCACACGCAAGAACAUGACCGGGCUCAAGCGAGCCGUGGAGAACAUCGUUCGGUCCACCGCCUUUCUCACCGCCUACUGCACACUGGCCAUUGCCACCGGGUGCUUCCUCUACUCCAACUUCUCCAUCAAGAUGACUCGGCCAAUAAUGAUGAGCCAGGCCUGGGUUGCUGGGCUGGCCACGCUCAUCGAGCUGCCUUCGAGACAAUCAGAACUCGCGGCGUACUGCCUUCCGUUCGCGCUGGAGACGAUGUACCGAUACGCGCAGCGCAUGGGCUGGGUUGUGGCCAAGCCCUGGAAGACCACGACGGUCAUCGUCCUCUCGGUGGCCGCCCUGAUCCACAACCUCCGCAAGCAGCCGCGACUCUUGAACUGGCUCUUUGGUGUCAUGUGA